AUGGGGUUUGAAAACUUGGUAGUGAUGACUUUUAUGAUGACAUUGUUUAUCAGUGAAUAUGGGAAUUGCAAACAUAUUGUUCAUCCCCUCAAUAAUUCAAACAUAAAUUUAGUUGGCCAAAGACGUAGUGGUAGUGGUUUCAUUCAACGACAUGGCACCCAUUUUCUUCUGAAUGGGAGACCACACUACUUCAAUGGAUUCAAUGCCUAUUGGUUAAUGGCUUUUGCAUCCGACCUAUCUCUAAGUUAUAAGGUCACUAAAGUUUUUCAAGAAGCUUCCAAACAUGGUUUAAACGUAGCAAGAACCUGGGCAUUCAAUGAUGCGGGUUACAUGCCCCUUCAAAUUUCUCCUGGUUUUUAUGACGAGAAUGUCUUUAGGGGAUUGGAUUUUGUGAUAUCAGAAGCAGGAAAAUAUGGGAUACAUUUGAUACUACGCCUAGUAAAUAAUUGGAAAGAUAAUGGUGGAAAGAAUCAUUAUGUUGAAUGGGCAAGAGAACGUGGUCAGAGACUAAGCAAAGAUGAUGACUUCUUCUCCAACCCUAUCACUAAGCGAUUCUACAAAAAUCAUGUCAAGGCUGUAUUAAGAAGAAAGAAUACAAUCACUGGAGUAUUGUAUAAGAAUGAUCCAACCAUUUUUGCAUGGGAGCUCAUGAAUGAACCUCGUUCUUCAGAUUUAUCUGGACAGCAAAUUCAGGAGAUGGCUGGUUAUGUGAAGUACAUUGACAACAAUCACUUACUCCAAAUAGGGCUUGAAGGUUUUUAUGGUGAAUCACAGGCAGGAAGAAAACAGUUCAAUCCUGGAUACGAAGCAGGAACUGAUUUCAUUGCUAACAAUCUAAGUUUGGGAUGUCUUCUAAAGUUGCAGGAUACACCCUUGCUAAAAGGAAUCAUUUUUAUGCAAAACUAUACAAUUGGAUAUACAACAGCGCUAGCAACAGGGGAGCAUGUGCAGGUGGUGUUUUCUGGCAACUAUUGGCCCAAGGAAUGGAUAACUAUGCUGAUGGUUAUGAAGUUGUUCUUCAAGAGACUCCCACAACUUCUUAUAUCAUCUCUCAACAAUCUUUCAAGAUGUCACAUAUUAGAUGCUAGCAUCACAUAA